AUGCUGAGGAAUGAUCUUUCUAGCCAUUUGCAAUGGGUCUUGUUCCCAGGAGCAUGCGCAGCACUCGUUGCGCAGACCAAGAAGGCGGGCGGGGAGACGGACAACGAGGAGCGGGCCGAGGGCGAGACGGAGUCGAUGCUCAAGCUCGCGGGGCACCUCUUCGCUCACUGCCGCCGGUUCCUGGCCGUCGUGGCCCAUUCGGGGUCGGACCAGAGCUUGCUGUCCGAGGGUGACGAGUCGGAGGAUAGGGGUAAGCCAGCAAGCACGACGAUCGGGAUUGUCUAG